AUGAUACCGACAAAAAGCAAUUACUGGAACGAAACUUGGAUGGUGAUGGAUGUCAACAGAUUUCCGGUGAUUCAUAGUUGGACGAUGCUGGCCGAUGGAAGGGCUUAUGAGGUCGCGAUUGGCGUCGCGUUGUUGCAGCGGGGAUGCAAAUCGGAGGGAGGCGGAUCUGGUGGGUAUGUGCGACCGGGUGAGCUCACGGCUGGGCUGACCACGGCGAGCUGGUUGUUUUCGUUGAAAUCUCGCGGCGGGAUAUACACUGAGAGAGGAAGAUCUCAGAGUUGUGUUGCGGGUGGUUUGAGGUGGCUGUUGUUUCUACUGGUUACCUAUCUUACCACUAAACUACACGAAGGAAACGUCUCUGCUGCGAGAAAUGUUGGUGUCUGGCAAGGAACUUGUUAUCUUACACCUCUCAUUGGAGUUGUUCUUGCUGAUAGUUACUGGGGAAGAUACUGGACAAUUGCUGUUUUCUCUAUGAUUUAUUUCCUUGGGAUGUCCAUCUUGACUAUUUCUGCAUCUGUUCCAUCAUUGAAGCCAGUCGAGUGUGUAGAUUCGGUGUGCCCUCCUGCUAGUCCUUUGCAAUAUUAUUUAUUCUACUUUGGUCUCUAUUUAGUUGCACUUGGGACCGGUGGUGUAAAAUCAUGUGUGUCGCCUUUUGGGGCAGAUCAGUUUGAUGAAACUGAUUUUGUGGGAAGUAUCAAGAAGGCUUCCUUUUUCAACUGGUAUUACUUUUCCAUCAUGAUAGGCGCCAUUGUGUCAUGCACCUUCAUUGUGUGGGUUCAAGAUAAUUUAGGAUGGGGUCUUGGAUUUGGCAUUCCGGCUUUAUUCAUGGGGUUAACCGUUGGAAGUUUCUUUUUAGGUUUUGUUAGCAUCUGUCCGAAAGCGGAUUUGGUUGUGCCGGAGGAUAGUAGUCUCAUGUAUGAGACGCCUGACAAGCAAUCAGGAGUUGAAGGAAGUCGCAAACUGAUGCAUCAUGAUGAUCUGAGGUAUUUUGAUAGAGCAGCUGUAGUGUCUGACUCAGAGAAUAGAAGCGGUGAAUAUUCUAAUCCAUGGAGGCUUUGCACCGUGACACAAGUGGAAGAAUUGAAAAUCUUGAUUCGCAUGCUUCCAAUCUGGGCUACUGGCAUAAUAUUUUCUGCUGUCUACGCCCAGAUGUCAACAUUGUUUGUGGAGCAAGGAACUAUGAUGAACACAUAUAUUGGUUCCUUCAAAUUAUUGUAUCAGAGAGUUAUUAGUAAAAACUGA